AUGGGGCAAUUAGAGCCAAAUACAAAUACUAGGCCUGUAGGCGCUCUUCCUAGUGAUACAAAGAAGAAACCUCAAGUCAAUGCAGUCACACUAAAAAACGGGAGGGAAUUAAAAGAAGCGCCAAAUAAGAGAAGAGAUACGCCUAUACCUGAGGGGGAAUUGAUUCCUAAGUCUACUGAGUGCAUUUCGAGGGUCCAAAACAAGCUUCCUCAAAAGCUUAAGGACCCCAGCAACUUUACCAUCCCUGUGCGGAUUGGUAAUAUUGAUGUGGGCUGUGCUUUUUGUGAUUUUGGGGCAAACAUAAAUCUGAUGCCCUUGUCCUUGUGUAAGCAAUUGGUUCUAGGAGCUUCAAGACCAACCACUGUGAUGUUGCAACUAGCUGAUAGAUCCAUAGCGUACCCUGAAAGAAUGAUUGAAGAUGUGUUGCUGCAGAUUGAGAAAUUCAUCUUCCCAGUGGACUUUAUUAUCCUAGAUUAUGAGGCUGAUGAACACGUUCCAAUCAUAUUGGGAUGA